AUGGAUCCCAACAUGUUCGGCAACAACUUUGCCGGCAUGUUCGGCCAGCAACAGCAGCAGCCGCAGCCCACAGGCGCCGGCAUGGAUGCAUCCAAUCCGGGCAUGGGUGGCAUCAACCCCGCCAUGUUCGCAGGCAUCGACAUCUCCACCUUGCAGAACAAUCCACAGCUUGCCGCCAUGCUCUUGCAGCAACAGCAGCAACAGCAGCAGCAGCAGCCGUCGCAGCCCAACACUCCGCAACAGGCGCGAUUCAACCCGGCCAUGUUCAAUCCGGCCAUGAUGGGCAUCGAUCCAAACAACCCAGGCGCUGCAGGCAUCAACCUCCAGGCUCUCCAACGCGCCGCUGCGGCUGGCGGUAACAAUCCCAUGGCCUCGUUCAACCCGCAGAUGCUCUUACAACAGCAGCAGCAACAACAACAGCAUCAGCAACAGCAGCAGCGUCAGGGCACCCCGCAACAACAACAGCAGCAACCUCAGCAGCAGUCAGGCGCACAGCCUUCGCGGUGGCCGCCACAACAGCAGCCGCAGAUGCAGCAGAUGCAACAGCAGCAACAACAGCAGCAGCAGCAACAAAUGCAGAUGCAGCAGAACUUGCUCGCUCAGCUACAGAACGGCGGCUCCAACAUGUUCGGCAACUUUGGUCAGAUGGGCCAGAUGCAGCAGCAGCCGCAGCCCCAGCAACAACAACAACAGCAGCAGCAGCCGCAGCAGCAGCAACAACAGCCACAACAGCAGCAAGGGCAGUUCGGCGCGGGCCAGAUCAACCCUGCUGCGUUCGGCCUCAACCCGCAAGCCAUGGCGCUCUUCCAGCAGAACCCCAUGCAAGCCAUGCAGGCCAUGCAAGCUUUCGGUCAGCUCAACCCUGGCGCCUUCCCUCCGGGCGCUCUCAACCAGCUCAUGAUGCAACAACAGCAACAACAGCUGCAGCAACAGCAGCAGGCUCAGGCCGGUGCUUCCUCUCAGCCCGGUCAGAACCCGUCCAUGUUCCAGUUUGCGCCCAACGGCAACAUGCCUGGUAUACUUGAUCCUUCCGCGCUCAAGCUCGCGCAACAGCAACCCAACAUGUUUGGUGGUGCAGGCGCGCAGGCGCCCGGUGCUUCGCCGGUGCGUCCCAACUCGGCGAUCCAGCAGCAGCAGCAGCAGCACACACCAAACGGUCUUCCCUCCUAUCUGCAAUCCGGCAACAUGAACCCAAUGCAGCCCGGCCAGUCGUCACCCGCGCCAUCCCAUCAGCAACCUGGAACGCCGCAGCAGUCUGCAUCCAACGGCGCCGUGCCUUCCACGCCCACCACCGCCUCCAAGCCCAAACCGCCACGGAAAAAGUCGGAGAAGAAGACUACGGCCAAGGCGUCGCAGAACCAGACGCCCGUCAUGCAGCCCGCCAACGUGCCCGGCACCGCCAGCAUGCAGCCUUCGCCAAGCGCAUCGUCGAUAGCGGGCAUCCAGGGCGCAUCGCUGCCCGGAAGCGCUUUCGAACGCUCGCGCAGCCACACGCGAUCGCCGAGCGUGUCCUUGGGCGGCCAGGGCACGCCAUCACAGAUGCACGCUCUGCCACCGGGCGUCCAGGGUAUGCCGCCGCAGCAGCCGCAGCCACCCCUGCAGCAGCCGCAGAUGGGCAUGCCAGGCCAGCCCGGCCCUCCGCAGCCACAGCAGGUGGUGCCGCCCAACUGGACGCCGAGCCUCAACCCGCAGCAGCAGCAGGCCGUGCUCUCGCGCGCACUUGCGCUCGCCAAGGCUCAGGAAGGCUCGGGCCUCACUCCCGUGCACACGCUCAUGCAGAUGGGCUACCUCUUCUUGAAGGCCUCGAGCUUGCCCGGCGGAUCGCAUCCGGCCAUGAUGCCCAACGGCGGAAUGGUGCUGACGAUCAACGAGGCGCGCGGAUUAGGUCUCAUUCCACAGCAACAGGGUGCGCAGCAGCAGCGUCAGCCUUCACUGCCAGGCAUGCCUCCACAGCCAGGUCAGCAGCAGGGUCAGCAGCAGCCGCAGCAAGGGCAGCAACCGCAGCAGCCCGGCUUUGGUGCGCCUGGCAUGACGCCUCAGCAGCAACAGCAGCAGCAUCAUCAGCAGCAAAUGCUCAUGAUGCAACAGCAGCAGCAACAGCAGAUGCAGCAACAACAGCAGCAACAGCAGCAAAUGCAGCAAAUGCAGCAACAACAGCAGCAGCAGCAGCAACCGCCUCUGGGUGCUCCACAGCUAGCACACGGCCAACGGCCCACCACGCCUGCCGGCCAGCUCGCCUCGCCGUCAAGCAUUCGUGCGCCGUCGCCCAUGGGCCCGUCGGGCGCAACAGCGAGCCCUGGUAUGACCAACAAGCCGCGCCCGCGUCAGUCGAGUCUGGCACUCAGCGCCUCGGGUCGUCCCGACUCACGCUCGGGCCCCGUGCCUCCCAACUUCCAGCAAGCAGGUCCGCAAGGCUUGAUGGCGCCUCCGCCAGCGCCGGGUCAGAUGCCGCCAGGCAUGCCUCCAGGUAUGGGCAUGCCGCCAGGAAUGAUGCCGGGUGGUCCAGGCAGCCAGAUGCCGCCAGGCUUCCCAGGCAGCGGCCCGCCUCAGAUGGCUCCUGAUGCCAAGCAGCAAGCCAGACGUCCGUCCAUGGCGCAAGAGAAUCCGCCGAUGGCAGGCAUCCCGGACAACAGGAGGCCGUCCAUGGCAGACGCUCGCGGCGUGCCCGGCCCUGUGUUGGACAGCGUUGCAGCAACCACACCGGACCCCGCCGUGCUGGCGGCAGCCAGCGCCGCUACAGCACAGCCAUCCGCGCAGUCGCAGCUCAUCGGCAGCUUUGGCGCAGGCGCGGCAACGCCCAAAUCCCGCAAAGGAUCGCAAGUCGCGACGGGUGAGGCACCGGCUGGCCCGAACGCCGAGGCGGUCGCGACGCCACCCGGUGCAUCCAGGGCUGGCGAGCCGCCCGCGCUUCCGGAUGUGUCUGCGAUGACCGGCAAACCCACGACGCUGGCCGGGCCUCCUCCUCCUUUCGUUCAAAGCGUGCCCUCGAAUCUCACGAGCCAGCCCAUGCUUGUAGGAGGGCCUGCACCCAAGGAGUCUGCAGUCGGAACGUCCGUCAACCACUUCAACACGCGCGUCACCAAGCUGGAUGAGCGCAUGCGACCGCAGCGCGCCGCGGACGGCAAGGACGAAGCCGCCUCGGCCGACGACGAAGUGUGGACGCAGCUCACGGCCGAGCAGGAGGAGGAGCUGGUGGGCAUCAUGAAGCGCGACCUCGAGUACGAGAAGCUCUCGCGCGCGCAGCAGCAGCAGAUGGAGCAGUCGCUCAAGGACCACAUCGACAGCGUGCGCCCGCCGAGGAGAAAGGCCACCGACGGCACGAUCACCAAGCCCAAGCCGCUGGCGUGGUGGGAGCGGCCCGAGGAGGAGGAUACGUCGGGUCUGUCGCGCGACGUGUUCAAGCCGUUCGGCGUGCUGUUCCCCAACCAGAAGCGCGCCGAGCUCGAUCAGGGCCAGCGCGGCGCACGGCCGCACAUUCCGCUCAAGCGCUCGCUCAUGGAGUCGGUGUCGCAGCAGGGCGAGGAUCUGGUGCCCAUCCGACUCGAGAUCGACCACGAGCACUGGAAGCUGCGCGACACGUUUACGUGGAAUGCGCAGGACGCGCACAUCAACGUCGAGGCGUUUGCACAGUCGAUCUGCGAAGACAUUGGGCUGCCGACGAGCGUGUUUGUGCCGCAGAUCAAGGAGCAGAUCACCAUGCAGAUCCUAGACCACCAGACGACGAGCGCGUUCAAGGCCAGGCCCACGUUCGACUUUAUGGGCGAUGGCAAGGAGGGUCAGGGCGCGCUCGAGGACGACGACGUGCGUUGGUGGUCCAAGUGGCGUCGCAGGGUGGAAUCGUUGCCGUUUGGCAAGCCGAGUGCGGGUGCGCAGAACGGCGAUGGCGGCGACGGCGGUGACGGCGAUGUGGUGAUGCGCGUGGGCGAGAGUAGCGAGGACGACGAUGCGCAGUCGGAGCCUGCCGAGAUCGUGGACACGACGCCGGCGGAAGAGCUGCGCAUGAUGAUCAAGCUCGACAUUACGGUGGGCAGCAUGAACCUCAUCGACCAGUUCGAGUGGGACGCCAACGAGUCGGAUCCGUCGGCGGCCGAGAAGUUCGCCGAGACGUUUGCGGCGGACCUGGGGCUGUCGGGCGAGUUCAAGACGGCGAUCGCGCAUUCGAUCCGCGAGCAGGUGUCGGUGCACGUCAAGUCGCUGGCGCUGACGGGCCACACGUUUGACGGCAAGCCCAUCGCGGACGAGGAGCUGCGUGCGGCGUUCCUGGGGCCCGUGAGCAAGGCGAAUGUGUCGCGCAACGAGCUCGAGUCGUACAACUUUACGCCGCGGCUGCUGCAGCUCACCGAGUCGGAGAUCGAGCGGCUGGACCGCGAGCGCGAGCGCGAGGCGAGGCGCAAGCGCCGCCAGACGCGCGGACGGCGCGGCAUUAAUCUGCCGGACCGCGAUCCGCAAAAGACGCAGCGCACGCCGGCGGUGUACGGCAUCCAGACGGCGCAGACCGACGCGGCGUCGGCGCUGCAGAAUGCCAACGGGCUCAGCGACCGAUACGGCGGCAUGUCGACGCGCCGCGCGGCGGCGGCGGCGGCCAACGCGUCCAUCGCGCCAUCGCAGGCCAACGAGCUGGGCACACCCACACCCGGUCCGGACGCACUGGGGCUGCCGGAGCGCAAGAAGCCCAAGGUGAACCACCAUGCGAUCCACUUUGACUUCCCCGGCGGAUUUGGACGCAAAUCGGAUCCCGGUGGACCGAAGUUCGCGCCGGCGUAUGCGGAGGAGGAGGCCAAGAAGCGCGCGCGCUCGCCCGAAAACCAGGCGACGGGCGCGCAGGCGGAGAAGGCGGCGCCGAAGCUGGUGUCGCUGUCGUAUGCGCAGCGCAACAAUGUGCGACCGGAGGAUCUGGAGCGCCAGCAUCCCAACUUCCACGACGGCAUGUGGCACUGCUCCAACUGCGGCAUCCCGGGCACGCUGGCGCCGGGCCGAAGGAAGGGGCCGUUGGGCGACAAGUCGCUGUGCGGACCGUGCGGCAAGUACUACCACCGCCACCGCAAGGUGAUCAUGCUCGAGUACACGCGCGAUCCGGUGGUGCACAUGAAGCAGCAGCAGGCGCUGAACCGCAAGAUGGGCGUGUCGAAUCCGCUCAUCGACACGGCGCUGCUGAAUGCGCUGGGCGAGCAGGAGGACUCGACGGAGCCGACGAGUGCGGCGGACACGCCCAAGCCCGAUGGUGGGGCGGGUGCGGGCGACGAGGCGGGUGGGGUGGAUGGAAAUGGCCCCAGAAGGCGAGGAAGGCCGCCGGCGUCGUCGAGGGGCGUUAGUAGGGGCGAUGGGGGCGAGAGGUCGGACGAGGAGGAUCUGCCGUUCGAGAUGGUGGGUAGUCCGGACGACACCGACUCGUCGUCGCGCUCGAGCAGUGUCGAGCCGACGGCACGCGCGAGGAAGUCGGCGUCGCAGCCGGUGGGUGGUGACGAGGCGGCGCCGGCGCGGCGGACGGCGGCGGAGAACGCGCGCGAGAAGGUGUCGGCGUCGUACGCUGCCGCCGAGAGCGCGACGGCGACCGAGGCUGAGGCGGCGACUGCGGCUGCAGAGCCAGCAGGUGGCGGUGGUGCGGCAGUCGAUGCGGGCGUUGCGGUCAAGGCCGAAGCUGACGAUGCGGGCGACCAUGGCGGCGUGGCAGCGACGUCGGCGCCCGUAGCAGCGGUGCCAGCAGCGGUGCCAGCGCUGGCAGGUUCUCCCGGAGCGACGGGGACGCCUGUGCUGUCGUCCGUGUCGCCGCGCAUGGGAGCGGUGGCGGGCGCGACGCCGCCCGAGUGGCUGACGCAGUCGGCCGAGGCGCUCAAGGCGCGCUAUCCGAACGACCGCUUCGAGAUCCAGCAGCGACCGCGGCCGGCGGGGGUGGCUGCGCCGCCGCAGCCCGAAUGGCGAGUGCGCUGCCUCGACUGCCCCGGCAAGCUGUACACCCCGGGCCCGGGCGAGAGCCUGACGAACUUUGAGAUUCAUUUGCGCAACCGGCUGCAUCGCGCCAACGUCAACAAGCGCGUCUACGGCAAUGCGGGCCCGGCUGGCGCGUCGCCGGGGGGCCAGGCAAGUCCCACCGCUCCGGCUAAGAGUCCUAAGCCAGCAUCAGCAGCGGCAGAGUAG